AUGAAGUUGGCAGAAUCUCGCCUGAAUCUCUGCUCCCCAGUCCCAGCGCCUUCCACACUUGAAGAUCUUAAGAGCAACAACGAGGGCAUCCUGGGAACCCUGAAUGGAGCGUCCCUUACACCCGGUCGCCUUCUCGAAUGUCAGAUUCCCAAAGAUCACAUUCGAGAUAAGCCCAGGUGCAUCAAGGAUGACCCACCUUUCUGGAACCGGCCGAGAAAACAGAUUUCUGGCAGCAGCUCCAAUGCUGAGCAACGCUUCGUCCCAUCGGAGCAUCGCCCCAGCAUCAUGUCACAAGCUGGCUACAGUUCACUGGAUAUGAAGGGAUCCAUUUGGCGAAAGGUCUUGAUUCAGUCGAUGCUGCGCGACGAGUCUGUCGUUCAGCACGACUUCUACGAGCAGCAUGGCUGCCGCUGCGAGUCCUGGACACAGCUCCGCUACAGCUGCUUCCUCCUCGUCUCUCGGAAAUGGUUCGAAUAUUUGAUGGGCUUGAUCAUCGUGAUCAAUGCCAUUACCGUCGGGUAUGAAAUCCAGUCGUCACUGACCCACGUGUCUCCUUGGAUGUCCUGGAUCGACUUUGCAUUCGUGAUGAUCUACCUCGCGGAGUUAACGGUUCGAUUUCUUGCUUUCGGUAAGAAGUGCCUCUGCGAUCCAUGGUGCAUUCUGGACAUGAUCCUGAUUUCCAUCGGCAUCGUCAGUCUUUUCACAAGUUCAACGGGCGUGGAAGUGCAGGAGAUGCAGACCUUCAUGGUAGUUCGUACAUUUCGACUGCUGCGGCUGAUUCGGGCACUGCGAUUGCUGAAACAGUUUCGAACAGUUUGGCGCCUGGUGAGUGGCCUGCUGACAUCCGCAAAUGCCAUGCUGUCGACUUUGGUGCUGGUGAUGCUCACCCUUUACAUUGCGGCGUGCUUGGGCAUUGAAGUCAUCACCAAGGACAGCACUUUAAGCCAGGCGGACGAGACGUCGGGAAUCGUCAGCCAGUACUUUGGGUCACUUUUCAGCACUCUCCUUACACUAUCCUCAUUCGUGACCCUUGAUUCCGUUGCACCAAUCUAUUCGCCACUCAUUGCCCAGAAGCCGGGCCUUGCAUUUUACUUUUUCUUCAUCGUGCUCUUUGUCUCGGUUGCACUGAUGAACCUUGUCACCGCGGUGCUGGUGGAAGGAGCGCUCUCACACGCAUCAGCGGACAGAGAGGUGGAGAAGCUUGAUCUCCGAGAGAAGUUGCAGAAGCAGAUGCCAAGGCUACUCACCAUUUUCGGCGAGAUUGACAAAGACGGCUCUGGCACCCUGACAAUGGAGGAGAUGUCUCAUGUUCCUAUAGAUAUCAUUCCGGAAGAGCUUCGGGCGAAAACCAACAUCUCCUCCAUGCAUGACGUCUUCGAAAUGCUGGAUGUGGAUGGCGGCGGUGAGUUGACGCGUGAGGAGUUUGUCGAUGGUCUCCUCAAUCUCUUCCUCCACGAUGUGCCGGCAACCGCCGUACAAACACUGCGACUUUUGAG